AUGUACCGGCAGAGCUUCCGCCCCCCGACGCCUCCGUACGCGGGCGGCGGCUUCCGGAGCCCUCCCUCCGGCGGAGGCCCCAUGCCGCCCUCCCCGCGGGGUUACGGGAGCCCCCACCACACGCCGCCCUACGGCCACCGGCCUGGGCUUUACGGUAGCGGCCACUCGCCCCGAGGCCACGGUUUCCACGGCGGCGGCGGCGGGCGGUUCGGGAGCCCGUCGCCGGGGGGGCAGACCCCGCGCAGGCCGCAGAGCGUCAGCCCCCGGUACCCGGCUUCCUACGGCGGCAAAUCCCCGGCUGGCGCUCCCCCGCACCCGCAGCAGCACAAGCGCUCGCCCGGGGGCUUCCAGAGGCACUACCAGGGAUCACCCAGGACAUCCACUCCAUUUGGUACAGCGCAUGGCAGAGAGAAAAGAGUGUCUAAUGAUGUGGAAAACUAUUACAGACCUUCAAUGCUUGAGGACCCAUGGGCUGGCCUAGAGCCAGUUUCUGUUACAGACAUAAACCAACAAUACAGCAGUGAGCAAACAACAUAUACUGGUAAAAAAGGGAGGUAUUUCAGCUAACACUUUUAAAGGCCAAAUAACUCCAUCUUGUCAGGAAAACUUUGGGACAAAAAUCUUUACACUUAACACAAGACGAACAAUAACCAAGACCUUAGAUAAUGUUUUUAUUUGAUCACAUGUCCACCCUUUUAUCCUACUUUUUUUUUUAAUUGCAUUGGAUAUUUUUAUGUACGGGAGGGAAGAGGAGUGGUAGGAAAUCUUACAUUUCUGGCUACGUGGAAGUGCCUACCAGCUUUGAAGAACAAAGUGUUCUUUAAUCACCAGCGACUGAUUUGUGACUGUUAAAACAGAUUUCCAUAUAUUUACCUCUUCCAUGCCAGAUUGUUAGCCUUUUAUUGUAAACUCCUUUAGGAAAUGGUAUUUUUUUAUGUUUCAGCAUUUUUAGAAUGAAGUAACUUGGAAAUAAAAUAAAGUUUUGUAAAUCCUUGUUUUGUAAUGUAUAAAGAUUAUUUUAGGACUUUUGUUAAGGUGUACACAUUAACACAAAUAGUACUAGUGAAAUUAGGUGACUUCUGUAAAUGUGUUUGUAUGCUGUAGUUAACCUCUGAUCU